AUGACGCCGCCAACGCUGCUGCUGCUGCUGCUGCUGCUGCUGCUGCUGCUGCUGCUGGUCAAAUGGCUAAUGACUGGGGGACCGCCGGCUGGCCGAGAACUAGCGCCAACGGAGAGCACCACUGUGGUUGUCUUGAAGUCUGUCUCGCUUGCUGUGGUUGUUGUGGUGACUGUGAUUAAGCUGACUGCGGAGCUGACGGCAGUCACGGGGGUGCAUGUCGCCAGGAUAGACGUGACCGAAGCAGACGGGGUGACGAUUUUGCUUGUGGAUAGGGUUGUUGGAGAUUCAUCACAAGUGUGGCUGGGAGUAGGUCUCGAUACGCUGGGAUUCACCUCCGCAAAAUCCUUCAUCCUUGUCUGCGGCAGCGAUGCCAAAGCAGACGGCAGCGACGGUAGCCGCGACGAUUUGCUUAAAUGACAUGUUGGUGGGUCUAGCGCUAAGUUGAGAACUCGGCGCUCCAAAGGUUGAUGCUAGAUCAUCUAUAACCAAGUUUCAGAAUGGGUUUUAUUCAUCCAUCUGGCAUCCAAGACAGGGAAAGUGGGCCGUAAAUGAGGAGGGAUGGCGAGAAGGUGUAAGGAAGAAACCAGUGGCACUGGCACCGUGAAAGGAAAC